AUGUCUCCAAAAUUUACAAUAACACAUCUAUCCGACCUAACACCCCCCUCCCAAGAACGAACCUGGCUCACAGCCCCGCACCCAACUCUCCCAAUAGUCGCAACCUGCAGUUCAGACAAGACCAUCCGAGUCUACUCCCUCACAAACUUCACCCUCCUCUCCACAAUCACAGGAGGCCACAAGCGCUCCGUCCGCACAGCAGCAUGGAAGCCACACAUGACGGGGGAGUCCGUCCUGGCGACGGGCAGUUUCGACGCAACAGUCGGCAUCUGGCGGCGAUGGGAUAGUUAUGGACAGGAAGACGGUGUCGGGAUGGGGAUGGGCAGUGGCGAUAAACAGAUCCCGGCCGAUAAUUUAACAGUUCCUAACGGUGCCGGUACUGGUACCGGCACCCCAGACCGCGAAGAAGACGAAGAAGAAUGGCGCUUUGCAGUUCUGCUUGACGGCCACGACAGCGAAGUCAAGUCGGUAUCAUGGUCUGCAUCAGGGAUGCUACUUGCGACCUGCUCACGCGACAAGUCAAUUUGGAUCUGGGAGGAUCUUGACGACGGCGAUAACAACUUCGAGACCGUUGCUGUAAUGCAGGAACACGGGGGCGAUGUAAAAUGUGUUUCGUGGCAUCCUUCCGAGGAGUGUCUUGCUAGCGCGAGCUACGACGAUACCAUCCGGCUAUGGCGGGAGGAUCUCGAUGAUUGGGGCCAGGUAGCAUGCAUCAAGGGACAUGAGGGGACAGUUUGGUUUUUGGAUUGGGAGGGAGAAGAAGCCGAGAAUUGGAACGGGCCAAUUUCGGAUUCGGAUUCCGUUUCUGAGUCUGAUCUGAGCGCUUUAAGAGCUCAGUGGCGUUCCCAAACAGCGCUUUCCGGUCCACGUCUCGUAUCCUGCUCGGACGACCGCACCGUGCGCGUGUGGCGGCGCCAGCCGAAGGAAUCACAACAGAACGGGGCACUGUCUUCUGCGGCGACGGGGAUCCCGAGUAUCAUCCGACCCAGUGGGACGGAUGAGGUUUGGGAGGAGGGUACUGUGCUUCCGCAUGCGCAUGAACUACCUGUUUAUGCUGUUGCGUGGAGUAAGCGGACUGGACUUGUUGCUUCGACUGGUGCAGAUGGAAGAAUUGCGAUCUAUGAGGAGCGAUUCGUUACUCGAGAGCAGGAGCAAGGUGAUUCAGAUGCUAUGGAUACUACGUCUGAUGUGUUGCGGACGGAGUGGGUACUUGUUGGUGUUCAGGAUGGGGCCCAUGGAAUUUAUGAGAUCAAUCAUGUUGCUUGGGCUAAGAGGGCAGAUCGGGAGUCUGGUGGUGAGGAAGUGCUUGUUUCAACAGCCGAUGAUGGAAGUGUCAAGGUUUGGACUGUAACGCGGUGA